CACCACCGCGGCUCUAUUUCAACACCAAACUUCUUUCUCUUCCUCAAAAUCUGGCUGUCUUUGUGGAGAAAAAUGGCUGCCAUGUUGAGGGAAAACAGGAGAUCAGCAGGAGAGGCCUCUCGCAAUGGGAUUGUGCAGAGGAUGGUUAACCUUCCCAGGAACAUUAUAGGUGGGUUUUCAAGAGCAAUGGGGAUAGGAAGAAGAAACCAACAUCUUCCCUUUAACUUUCAUCUGCAAGAGCCAGAGGAGCACAUUGUUGGUGCAGAGGAAUGGGCAUUUCUAGGCUGUUUUGAGCAGCAAUAUGGUUCAUAUCAUCCAUUUUUCUAUGCUUGUCAGUUCAUGGAGACCCUGAAGUUAGCAGAGGAAGAUCACAAGUUCAUGUUUGUGUACCUCCACUCGCCAGAACACCCUUUCACGCCAUCUUUCUGCAGGGACACUCUGUGCUCGGAGCUAGUGGUGCAGUUUCUUGAUGCUAAUUUUGUUUGCUGGGGAGCAUUGGCAAGUAGAGGAGAGGGCCUGCAAAUGGCUGCAACUUUUAGGCCUACCAGCUUCCCAUUCUGUGCAGUAAUUGCUCCGGCUCCAGGUGAUAGCCUAGCUGUGCUGCAGCAGAUGGAAGGGCCAAUUUCCCCAGCUGAGCUGGUGGAGACUCUGCAGAGGACGGUGGAGGAGCAAGGGCUAGCUUUCGGUGGAGCAAGGGCAAAGCAGGAAGAAAAGAUAAAAGCUGAUCGUCGCCUCAGAGAAGAACAAGAUGCAGCUUAUCUUGCAUCUCUAAAGAUAGACAAGGAGAAGGAAAAGCUCAAAAACAAUCAUAAACAGUAUGCUAAAGUCAAAGAGAGUGCCAUUACUAAAGAAACCCCACACAAAGAAGUUGCAAAUUUUGGGGUAAAGGUCCUAAAGGAUCCUCAAGCUACCCAGAUGUUGAUAAGAUUUCCAAAUGGUGAAAGAAGAGAGCAGAGCUUUGCAAGCACAGACAAGGUCCAAUCAAUAUACAGAUACAUAGAUUCACUAGGCAUUCCUGGGAUUGGAAACUACAGAUUGGUUUCAAGCUUCCCUAGAAAAGUUUAUGGUGUUGAUCAGAUGGGAAUGACUCUCAAAGACAGUGGCCUCCAUCCCAGAGGAAGCCUGUUCUUGGAGCCUCUCUAAACAUCAAUCAUUUUCAAUAUUGUGGACACAUGCUCCAAUUGCCCUGCAGCAGGCUGCAACUCAUCCAGAAUAUCCUGUAUUUUUUUUUUUUAAGAGAAUAUGUUUUUCUUCGCUUUUGUCACUUGAUUGAUGUUACUGCUGAGAUACAAGCAAUAUUGGGAAUCA